CACUCAUCGACAUCAUUCACUCAUCCUCACGAAGUGCUUCAAGUUCAAAUAAUGGAAAUAUUCAAUCGCAUACCGGCGAUUUCAGAAGACGCGCUCCAAUACACGAUUUAUCCGCCGUCAGAACUCGCAGACUAUACCUCUGCCACUACUCUUGCUGCCUCUAUCCAAACAUACACAGAAAGCCUUCUUCCAUCCAACUUUCUAUGGCAUCGCGACGUCUUCGAAGUAAAAGUCGUGUCUGAUCCUGAUGCAGAGACCAAAACGUACAUUCUCGAGGGUCGUAUGAGAGUUGGAGAUUGUGUAGACGAUGAAUGGUGUACUGUGUGGUUGUUGAAGGAGAUUAGCGCGAGGUGGAAUGUCGCAAUCAGUGUGUCCGAUUCGGAUGGGGAUUUUCUCCUCAUUGAAGCAGCAGAGGUUCUGCCCAGAUGGGUAAAGCCGACGAACUCUGAAAAUAGGGUCUGGAUUUACAGCUUUCGCCUUCAUCUCAUUGAUAUCUCACACGUCUCCCCACCGUCGAGAAAACCCCGGCGGAGACAUGAAAACUCAGGUAGGAACGACGAGGAAGACGAGUAUAUGGCAGAGGAACUGGAAGAUUACAUCGCGACUGAAGAUGCGUUAAAGUUGAUCAGAGAUCCAGAUAUCGACACUUUUGCUCCUUCUGUAGUGGAACGAAGUAUAUGGAAUCGGAUUUCCGAGUAUCCUGCUGCUGCGCGACAGCAUGUACACGUUACAAAGGCAUACAUACCUUUGGAUGUUGCUAAAGCUUUGUCUGUCAACCAAUCUCUCGUUCAAAAAGCUGUCGAAGCAUUCUACACUCGAGACGGAGUUCAAAUACGCGCUGCUCAUCGCAUGUCGCGUUUUCCACCUCAUACCUUUGUACUCGCAUCUGUCAAUAUGACUAGGACCGCAUAUGCUCAAUUAGUGGGGCAAAAAUUUUAUCCUCCCAAAAUAUUUGGUCGGUGGAAUGAAAGGGAAGAUACCCGAGAAUGGAAAUGGCGGGACGUUGGUAUGAAAAUAGCAGUCGGUUUUGAAAUACUUUACCAAGAAAAUAAAGGACGUAGUGAAAUCAACACUUCAGCUGAGGGGCUCCGUGCAGCUGACGAAGCAAGGAAAGACGCCUUACAACAGAAUCCUGAAUACAAUAAUUAUAUUGAUAACCUAUCGACUACUGGCUACUUUAAAGGAGAAAUGCAAGGUUCACAGCUCUGGAAUCAAUUAGAAACCAAAGCAGCGCAGAUUUUUGUGAGUAGUAGAAAAGAGGACUCCUCAGCUCGCCCAUCUUUCACGAAUUUGGUCAAUUCGGCAAUCUCUCAAGCUUCGGACGACUUCACACCUCCGAACGUGGAUGAAGAUCCCGAUGAUUGGCUAAAUAUUGACUCUCAAAAUUUUGAAGACAUGCUACAGCGGGCAUCUGGGGCCAGCGAUGAAACCAAGCCAUCUGACGCGAUGGACGUCGAUCAAAAGUUUAUGGAACGUACGACGACGACUCAAACUUCUCAAGUACGCAAUCUGGCUUCUAAGGUUGAAGAAUUUAUCGAAGGAGAGGGUGAUGUGGAAGGUGCAAUGUUUGCCGAUGAAAUAUUCUCCGACGAGGAUGAUGAGGAUUCAGAUAACGAGGAAGUCGUCCGAGAUGACCCUGAAGCACGUCAGUCUGCCAUGGAUAAUCUCGUUCCCAAGCUCGACCCUUCGGAAUACGGGAAAAUGCCGGCUUCGUUCCACAGCAAUUCCCAGAGAAUUGGACCAUCAAGUGUCGAAAAAGACACUGUCAAAAACGACUUGAAGGAAUCACAGAGUAGCCCAGGAACCAAUCGGCUAACCAGAGAGCCUAUUCUCUCGAGGAACACGUAUGAUGGUGUGGAUUCCGAUGACGAGACAGAUGAAGAGGACGCAGAUGAAGACUCGGAAUCUGAAGAAGAUAAGCCCCAAAUAGUUGGUGACAUCGAAGUUGACAUGGGAGAGGAGGAGGACGAAUUUUUGGAGUUUUCACGGCAAGCUCUGGGAAUAUCAGAUACUCAAUGGAAGGAGAUUCUGGAAGAAAGAAAAACCCGUGGAGCAUUUGUUCCCAAUAUCGUCUCUCCGUCAUUCAAAUUGCCCACAGUCGAAAAACCCCCAGCUCAUAAAAGUGCAGAUGGUGCUCCUGGUUCUGGUCCGAACCCUGAUCUUGAUUCAUUCGAAGCUGUUAUGAAGGCCAUGGAAGAUGAACUGCAGCGUUCAGGCUCUUCAUUAUCAUCCAAGUCUCCCUCAAAAAAGUCCUCAAACACCCAAGCUCCAGGAAAGGGGAAAAGCAACGAUAAAGGAAAGGGCAAAGCAGUGACAUUUGCAAAUGAUAGCAGCGACGAAGACGUGGACAUCGAAGCCGCGAUGGAAGCUGAAUUGAAAGCUACUCUGGAACGAGGAGAUGAUGUGGAUGAGGAUGGCUUGGGGACUACUGAUAUAGACUACAACCUCAUCAAAAACUUUUUAGAGAGUCUAAAGAGUCAAGGAGGGCUGUCGGGUCCAGUCGGUAAUCUUGCUGGUCGACUACAACCUGGUUGGCAUUUACCCAAGGACGUAUGAGGCGCAUAUGUAUAUGCCUGAACACAGUGGCCAAUCGUACAAUAAAUUACAUAUGUAUCAUAAUAUAUGUACACACC